CAGCCAAGAAUACUUAGUAAAGAGGAACAGCAAUAUUUUCGGAUCUUCUAAGCCAAUCACACCAACAAAUCAGCAAGGAGAGCUUUUGUGACCCGCAAGACAUCAUAGCCAUGGCAGCAGCGACACCACUACACAAUCAUAACACCAUGACGAUAACAACAAGAUCGGGCAAAUCAACACCGAUAGCUCUCCUCCAGACUGUGAUUAAGCCGUUUCGCCCGCAUCUGAUCAAACCAAACAAGGAGUUCGCAGCCGGAUCACCAAACCUCGAUAUCCACAGAACAGCAAAGAAACGCUGCAAUGUCAUCGAACGACAAGUCGAAGGAAUAUGGCUAUAUGAGAUGACUCCCAAGACUGCGUCUCUAUCGUCGAAAUCAACAGAAAUUGAGAGGAAGAGACACAUUUAUUACUUUGCUGGUGGAGGCUGGCAAAUGCCUCCGAGUCCUGAACAUUGGAAACUCUGCGCCGAGCUAUGCCAUCGUCUAGCAAACACCACAGUAACGAUAGUUUCCUACCCUUUGGCACCAAACUCACCAGCGAAGGACUCGAUACCAGCGCUGGAAAGGCUAUAUCCCUACCUCUUCCCAAUAUCUGAAGCGGACAAAGCGAGUACGGAAAUUGUCUUCGCAGGCGACUCGGCAGGAGGCAACGUAGUCCUGGGCUUGAUGGUCAAAGUCCUUACGUCCACUCCUUCGGCACCGGUACCGCAGAAAUUGGUUUUGGUUUCUCCAGCUGUGGAUUUGAGGCCUCAGCCUGUGGCUUCGUCGCCGUUCGAAAAAGACUUGGUCGCAGCGGAUAAGCUUGAUCCUCUGCUAGGCAUUCCAUUCACGAACGGUACGGCCGAGAAUUGGAGUCGAGGUGCUGAUGCUGAGGCGCCAUAUAUCUCGCCGGUUCUGGCGGAUGUGGGUGUGUUCGAAGAAAGAGGGAUAGCUAUCUAUGGUGUCACUGCUGGAGCGGACGUUUUAGCGCCACCGGCGAAACAUUUUGCUGAUAGAUGCAAAGAGGCGGGUGUGGACGGGAAGUGGCUACACUGGGAGGGAUUGAUGCACUGUUUCGUGUUGGCAUGGUGUUAUGGGAUCAAGGAGGGCAAGGAGGGGUUGGAAUGGUUGAUUGGUGUGAUGGAAGAGUAGCGGAACUUAGCCAUUGGGAAGGCACGGGUCAAUCUGAGGAGUUCGCGAUGAUCGGUCGUCAUGUCUUUCCCUGUGUCGAUUGCAAGAGCGAGGAAAGGCCUAUCGCAGCUUUCGUAAUCUGACACACGUAUGCAGAAGGGACGAAGGAGGGGGGGAGAGAAUCACAAGUCAG